AUGAAUAAACCUAUAUAUCGUGAGUAUUCAAACUUAAAAGGAGAUGACGGUGAUCCUAACAAUACUAUUUUGAUCUAAAUUAAAGAAGUUAACAGUCAUGAUCCUAUUGAAAAUUCAAUUAAACAAACUUUAAAUCAUUACAACAAAUACUUGGAACCAAACAUCAUAUCGCCUUCUAACUGUAAUAGUGAGAGAUAAGAUUAGAAAAAAUAUAAUUAAAAAGAGACUAAAGUUCCUAGACUAAUAGUUUAGAAUAUUACAGACUGUGACAAACUCAUUGAAAUAACAACUACUGAUCAUAUUGAAAAAGAAGUACCUAUAAAACCUUAGAAAGGUAUGCUAGGAUUGAAUACUGUACAAUAUCAAAAAAGAAGAAUCAAAUUCAGAAAUCCGACUUAUGAAUUUAAGGAGAAACAAAAGAAGAGUUUUAAUUGGAAAUCAGAAGCAAUGAAAAAAUGGAAAAUCAAUCUUUCUAUUAUUUUAUUUGUUAUCAAACUAGAAAAGAGAAUAAAUCACAAACCACAUUUGUAACAUUAAACUCAAACUAUUCAUCAAUAAAAUGAUAAUAAAAAACUUACUUAAUCAAACAAUCAAGUUAAAAAGAUUUUUAUCUCAAUUUUAAAAUUAAUGUUUGGAUUAUUUAUAGCUAUACUUAUUAGUCUUAUCUUGUUACCAUUUAUUUUGAUUUCAGAUUUAUUCUUAAGGAUUUACACUUAUAAUUGUUUAUAUGUAAAGUACGCAUUGUCAUAUGAGAAUAAGUGUUAUAGGGUUUUUCUAUUUUUACAAAUUUAUAUUUAUGCUUUAGCCAUUGUAAUUGCUAUAAUAACCAAUCUCUAUCAAACUUUUAUUACGUCUGUUGAGUUGAUAUACAAUAUCAUUGGUACAAUCUAAAAUAAUAUUUCUAAUUUCAGUAGAUUAUUAUUUAAUACUAUUUAAACUCAAUUCUCUAAAUAAAAAUGA